UGACAGCAGAUGAUUCGGCGCCGCCGCUGUUUGUAGCCGAGACUUUUAUUUCCCACAGUCCAUCAGAGGAGCUGCACCAAUCACGUUCCUCCGCUGCUGCGUUCAAACAGCUCCGCGCAGAAGAGAUGUGCCGAGGGUUGAACUUGUGCGCGUGUGUGUGCGCGCGCGCGCGCGUGUGUGUGUAGGAGUGACUCCUUGUAUAAAACCUCCCCUAGAGGCCGCGGAGGCCCAGAGGACGCAGACUGACUGUGCGUGUGAGUACUUUGGCACCAUGAUGAUGUUUCCGUGCAGCGCGCUGCCGCCUCCGUUCUACCCGGCUUUGCUGCGUCCUCCCGCGGCUCUGUCUGCUCCGCUGGCCCGCUCGCUCCCCUCGGGCUUCCUCGUGGAGGAUCUCCUCAGACUGAGCCAGCCCGUCGGCUACAUACACAGAACUUUCUCUUGCACUGGUCCCGGGGACGGCGACCCGCUCAUCGCGCGCCCGGGCUCGGGCUCGUUCGGACCCGGUUCGGAGCGCUGCGUUGUCCAGAACCGGAGCAGCCCCGGGUCUCCAGAGACGACCUGCCCGGACGCGGCCCACCUCAAGUUCGGCGUCAGUGCGAUACUGGCGCCGUGCACGCGAAGCGGGCAGAGUUUCUCCACAAAGUCCUUCCCCGUGCCUUUGAUUGACGGACGCCUCCAUCCCUUCAGCAGAGCCGCUUACUUCACAGCCUCCUCCUCCGUGGUUCCUGUCCCAGGAACCUUUUCUUGGCCUCUGGCGCCCAGAGGGAAGCCCAGGAGGGGCAUGCUGCGGCGGGCGGUGUUCUCAGACCUGCAGAGAAAAGCCCUGGAGAGAACAUUCCAGAAACAGAAGUACAUCAGCAAACCGGACAGGAAGAGACUUGCCAGCAAACUGGGUCUGAAAGACUCCCAGGUGAAGAUCUGGUUUCAGAACCGCAGAAUGAAAUGGAGGAACUCCAAAGAGCGCGAGCUGCUGUCAGCCGGGGGCUGCCGUCAGCAGACCCUCCCCACAAAGACCAACCCCCACCCAGACCUCACGGACGUGGGCUCCAGCUACUGCCACAGGCCGGACGGGACCGCACCCACCAGCGCACAGGACAAUGGGCUUCACCAUCACUGUCCGUCCUCACCGUCAGGCUCUAGCAAACAGUCACAGUCGGACAGUGAGGAAAUCACAGUCUCCUAACUCCAACUGUACAGUCCCUGUAAAAACGCUGUGAAGACCAGCAGAACGAGGCUCACGUCCUCGGUGGAACCUCAAUACUUGUGUACAGCCCUGUAUAUGUAUAUAUUGUAUAGGCUUUACUGAACUGUUUUAGAUUGAAUAUUUGUAGAAUUAAAUAUUUUAAUGUCUUAUUUUUGUGUAUUUCCUAAAAUAAAUUCUAAAAUUCUCUUUUUCUGGCAACAUCAGAUGUUUAUUAACCCUUCAGUUCGAGGUUGAACCGAUCUAAGGAACGUUAAAGGUCAGAAAUCAUUGCUUGACCACUGACCCCAUAAUAAAGCUUUAACAUACAAACA